AUGUUGUCCACUCAUAACAUUGUCAUUCUUCCAGUCGCCUGGGAUCACCCAGACGGUAUCCACCUACGGAACCUCCAACGAACUGAAAUCGCCGUUCUGGGAGGCUUAGAACCCGGGAUUCCACCAUCUGCUGCCGACGUUCCAGUUUUUCUUGUUGCAUAUUGCAAUGACAUUCCAGUUGGCUGCGGCGGUCUGCGUCCACUAUCUUCUCCACCGGAUGGUGUGCUUAUCGAUGCCGCUGAGAUCAAGCGCAUGUUUGUCGACACAGCAUACCGGGGGCCAUUGAAUUUGCCCAAGGGCUCGCGCGGUACCAUUGCAGAACUGAUACUUGAGAGGCUGGAAGGAGAGGCUCUAGAAAGAGGCUGGUCAUUGUUGCUAUUGGAGACUGGCACUUUUUUGGCGAAAGCAAGGCGCUUCUAUGAAAGACGCGGGUUUGUUCAACGCGACAUGUUUGGAGACUAUAACGAAGCCGACAAUAGUGUCUGUUACGAGAAGCGGCUGGCUUCGGCCCAAAUGGCUUCAAUAACUUCCCCAAGCUAA